AAAAACCAAAAUUUUCGCGCGGCCCUUUGGAGAAAUCAGUGAGCGAUCGAGAGCUACAGGAAGAGGAAGGAGAAUAGCUGAAUGGGAGUGCAUGGACUCUGGGAGCUUCUGGCCCCGGUAGGGCGUCGCGUUUCCGUCGAAACCCUAACCGGGAAAAAGCUUGCAAUCGAUGCCAGCAUAUGGAUGAUUCAGUUCAUGAAGGCGAUUCGGGACGAGCGAGGUGAAAUGGUCCGCAACGCCCAUAUUCUCGGCUUCUUUCGCCGCAUAUGCAAACUCCUCUUCCUCCGCACGAAACCCGUCUUCGUCUUCGAUGGUGGUACUCCCGCACUGAAAAGACGCACAGUCGCCGCAAGACGCCGACACCGUGAGAACGCUCGCGCCAAGAUCCGUAAGACCGCUGAGAAACUGCUACUCAAUCAUCUCAAAUCAAAAAGGCUUGAAGAAUUGGCUGAGGGAAUUAAGAGAAGCAAGUCCGAGGUGAAGGACAAUUUGAAGGGCGAGCAAGUCGAUUCAGUGGAUAAUGGUAGUACUUGCUCGGGAAAAGAUAGCUGUUCUGGACAAAGCAGACAGGGUUUUGAUAGAGCUAGUAACCAAGAAAGGCUCGAUGAGCUGCUAGCCGCAUCAAUUUCUGCGGAGGAAGAAGCAAAGCUGGCGGGCAAUGAACCAGUGCCUACCGAGGAUGUUAAUUAUGAAGAGGACGGUGAAAAGGAUGAUGAAGAAGAGAUGAUUUUUCAUGUAAAUAGUGGGAACAUUGAUCCUGCUGUGUUGGCUGCUCUACCACCUUCCAUCCAGUUGGACCUUCUAGAUCAGAUGCGGGAGAGGUUGAUGGCUGACAACAGACAAAAGUAUCAAAAAAUUAAGAAGGUUCCUGCAAAGUUUUCUGAACUACAAAUACAGUCAUAUCUUAAAACUGUUGCUUUUCGGCGAGAAAUAGAUGAAGUUCAGAAAUGUGCUUCUGGUAGGGGAUUUGGAGGUUUGCAAACAUCAAGGAUUGCUUCUGAAGCUAAUCGGGAAUACAUAUUUUCCUCAUCUUUUACCGGUGAUAAACAGUUGCUGACUCCGACAUGCGCUGAGAAAAAAGGUAGUGUUAUUAAUCAAGAAAUAAGGACAACUGGUUCAGAUAAAGCCAAGCGAAAAAUAUUUAUGAGCCCAUCAAAACCCACCGAUGACAUGAGUUUUGAUGUGGUUACAGGGGAUUUGCCUCAGGAUGUUGAGACAUACAUGGAUGAGAGGGGGCGUGUUCGAGUUAGUAGAGUUAGGGGACUUGGUAUUCAUAUGACUCGGGAUUUAAAACGGAAUUUGGAUUUGAUGAAAGAGCAUGAGGAAGUGUCUUUUAAGAAGAAUUUUAAUAAAAUCCCUAAUGAUGCUUCUGAUUUUUCGAAAGGUCAGUCCCAAACUGACGUCAUUCGAAAACCCUCUUUUAUAAAUGAGAAAAAUAGCCACUGCACUAGUGCAUCCUCAGCUACUGAGGAAAAAUAUGAAGAAAUAAGCAGAAAUGCUGGGAAAUCAACCACAGUUUUUGGAAAGGAUGCUGCCAUUGAGAUAUCCUUUUUAGAAGAUGAAAUUGGAUCCAAAACUAUGAUUGAUAACUAUUUCAUGAAUCUGGUUUCUGAAGUUCCAACAACAGAAUUAAUUUCUGAACACAUAUCCUUGGAGAAAAACAAUGAUAAUUUUGAGUCAGAAUGCAUUUGGGAGGUUGGGAUGGUUGGUGAACAAAACUUAAGCUUAAAAGGUGAUGAUGAUACUCAAUCGCCAUUUGUUGAAAGUAAAGGUUGUGAAGAAGAUGAAAUUUUGUGGGAGGACAGUGCUUCCCUUUUAUCUCAUUCAGAGGAAACUGAUAAGUUAGUUUCAUUAGGAUUCCUUGAAGAAGAUGCUGAGCUGAACGAAGCAAUAAGAAGAAGUCUUGAGGAUGCCAAAUUGAAGCAGUCUUCAUCUGUGGUUCUUGUUGAGGCAAAUAUGUGUAAAACUAUUGAGGAUCAAGGUUCACUAAUGGCAGGUAAAAAUGAUCCAAACAUUGAAACUCCAAUCAAGAAGGAUCAGUUGCAAAGUGUUGUGGAUUCUCUCGAAGAAAGGGUGUGCUUUGGUAGGAGCAAUGCCCAUCAGUUCGAGGAAAGUGAUAAGGCAGUUUCUUUAGGAUUCCUUGAAGAAGAAGCUGAUCUGAACGAAGCAAUAAGAAGAAGUCUUGAGGAUGUCAAAUUGAAGCAGCCUUCAUCUGUGGUUCUUGUUGAGGCAAAUAUGAGUGCAACUAUUGAUGAUCAAAGUUUAUUAAUGUCAGGUAAAAAUGGUCCAAAUAUUGAAACUCCAAUUGAGAAGGAUCAGUUGCAAAGUGUUGUGGAUUUUCUCGAAGAAAGGGAGUGCCUUGGUAGGAGCAAUGCCCAUCAGUUCAUUUCUUCUCACAAUGAGAUUUUUUCAAAAUUUCCGCUUUCUGUGGACAGGUUUGAUGGAGAAUCAACUCGGAAUGAUUAUAAAAGCAAUUUAGCUGUUUGUAACAGUGAUGUAGGGUUAUCACAUGAUAUUCAGGUUAUGGAGCAAGGCAUAAAUCAGUCAUCACAUGGAAAUCUAUGCAAAAUUGCUUCUAAAGUGGUUGCAGAUGAGCCUAAGUCGGGCAAAAUUGAUGACCAUGUCCUCGAGAAUUAUCCUAGCAUUGGUUUUGAAAAUCCAUAUAGCAGACUUGACACUUGUCUUGGCAAUGUUCUGAAUAAUUCUGUGGCUUUCCCUUCAACUAAUACUUUGGGAAUAAGUUCAAGCAAAUCCUCUUCUUCUGUUGCAAUGCUUGGCAUCGACCUUUCUAGAAUAAAUUCAGCAGAGAAAAUGGCUGCUAGUAUUGAUAAAAUGCAACAAUUGACAGACAAUGACGUUUACAAGGAUUCUGCUGAAGGGUUGAGUUUUGGAGACCAAACUUCAAUGCAAGAGGAAGAUAACAUUGCAAAAUCAGAAGCCAAUUUGCAUGAUGAGAUUUCACUUCUUAAACAGGAACGUGCAUUCCUUGGAGAUGAACAGAGAAAACUUGAACGCAAUGCAGAGUCCGUUAGUAGUGAGAUGUUUGCUGAAUGUCAGGAACUCCUUCAAAUGUUUGGUUUGCCAUAUAUAAUUGCGCCUAUGGAAGCAGAAGCACAAUGCGCUUAUAUGGAAAUGAAUAAUCUUGUUGAUGGCAUCGUAACAGAUGACUCUGAUGUAUUCUUAUUUGGAGCUCGGAAUGUAUACAAGAACAUUUUUGAUGAUCGCAAGUAUGUAGAAACAUAUUUUAUGAAGGACAUUGAGAAUGAGCUUGGCCUUAGCAGGGAAAAAUUAAUUCGCUUAGCAUUGCUUCUAGGGAGUGAUUAUACUGAGGGUGUCAGUGGUAUAGGAAUUGUAAAUGCCAUCGAAGUUAUCAAUGGAUUUCCUGAGAAAGAUGGCUUUAUAAAAUUUAAGGAAUGGGUUGAAUCUCCUGAUCUUGGUAUUUUACAUGGUUCUCAGUACAUUGUUAAUUUAAAUAGAAGUUCUUCAAAUACAAAUGGCAACGCUGCAGAUGGAAUGGAGAACAAUAUUGUGUGUUCUGCUUCCAAAGACAGUGUUCUAGGUGUUGAUCAAUCAUCUGGCAGUACUAUUCCUGAUGCAAAGAAACUGACCUUUAUGGAUAAACAUAGAAAUGUGAGCAAGAACUGGCAUUUUCCUCCAUCAUUUCCUAGUGAUUCAGUUAUAAAUGCCUAUAUUUCUCCUCAAAUUGAUGAGUCAAUUGAGCCUUUUGCAUGGGGAAAGCCAGAUUUGCCUUUACUUCGCAAGACCUGCUGGGAAAAAUUUGGUUGGCCUAGUCAGAAGGCUGAUGAUCUGCUUGUACCUGUUUUGAAGGAGUACAACAAGCAUGAGACUCAACUCAGGAUGGAAGCGUUUUACUCAUUUAAUGAAAGGUUUGCAAAAAUACGUAGUCAACGUAUCAAGAAGGCUGUGAAAGGCAUUACUGGUAUUAAUUCGUCAGAAUUAACUGAUAUUAUAGAUGGUGGAUCCAGCUCUACAAAAAAGAGAUCGAUCACCCGUCGUAACAAGGGACAAUCUGAGCUUGAGAAUCACACAGAUCCUACCACAAAUGAAAGGAAGUCAGCAAAGCAUUGUAGAAAGAAAGCUCCAAUCCGAACUUCCCCACUGCGAGGCAAAUGCAAACGAGGUGAACUUUUGAAUGAGAAGCUGACAGAAUCUUCUGACGACGAAAUGCACAGGUCUAGCAUGAAGCUAGUAGAGUCUCCACCAAAAAUGCGUAGGUCAACCCGGCAGCGGAGGCAAGUUAACUAUGCUGAAGGUACUGCAGAAGCCGCCUUACAGCAUGAUGAAAUGGUCACGAAAGCCACAACGUUUUGCAGCGAGGCUGACUGUUCCAAACAACAGAUGAUGUCGCAAGAUUACCUACAUAGUGGGGGUGGUUUCUGCUCAGAAGAGAAUGAAAUCUCAGAGAAACAGCCUUCGCCUGCAACCGAGAGUCGACGGCCCCGGCCCCUGGAGGAUGGAGAAAACAGUAACUUUCUUGUUACUGGAGGAGGAUUCUGCGUGGAUGAUGAAACAAAUUCUUGUGCGUCAAUGGCAGCUGGAAGUCUUAAAGAGGAGCUUAGUGAAGCCAACCACCACGGAAUUGAGCCCAAUCUCGGGUUUAGUGGCCAAGGUGAAGCUGCUUAUGAAAAACUGAUUGUGCUUGAAAAUUUGGGUGGGGAGGAGUCCAAGGUGGGGAAUGUUGCAGCCCAAAGUUUCUUGAGUUCCAUGCCUUCACUUAAACGUAAGCGAAAAAAAUCAAUGUACGUUUGAUUCCAACAGCUUGUUUUGCUGAAAUUUUCCUCAAAGAGGUCGGAGUGUUUUAAUAGUUUAUUACAGAAAUAUUGUAAAUAUGCUGCAACAAUCAAUUCUCACCACACCACCGUCCUUUUCCUUUUCCUUUUCCUUUUCCUUUUCCUUUUCCUUUUCCUUUUCCGCCUGAUUAUCUUUCAUUAAGGAUGGCGAUAAUUAUGAAUAUCGAAUUGAAGAUCAAUGGG